AUGAACGGCGAUGAAGAUGAUAAUAACGAUGAUGAUGACGAUGAUGACGACGAUGAUUAUGACGAUGAUCAUAACGGUGACGAGAACGAUGACGAUGACGAUGACGAUUACGCUGGUGAUGAUGAUGACGAUGAUAAUGACGUUGACGAUGAAGAUGAUGAUGAUGACGACGACGACGACGACGAUGAGGAUAACAAUGACGUUGAUGAUGACGAUGACGAUGACGACGACGAUAAGGAUGACAAUGACGAUGGCGAUGACGAUGACGUUGACGAUAACGACGAGCGUUAA